UAGGACGUGCUAUUCAAGUGGGACCAACGGUAGUGAUCGAUUUUUGGAGUUGUGAAGUUUUAGUUUAAAUACCACUAUCACGGUACGGCACGGUCGGCGCGUCUGACCGACUCCUACGAUUGUCAGUAUGGCUUCGGACAUGUCUCUCGCCGCGAAUAAUCUAGCAUGUGAUGUGGUCGAAGGCAACCCGGAUCUUUACGGUAUCGGCAUCCGAAUCGGUGUUUAUCUACAAUGGAUCACAGCCUGGAUCAACCUCCUCGUCGAUCCCCUAUCAGCACAAUCGGUCUACGAUGUCAACUCCGUCUUCGUGUUCGCGAUUCUAGUAGCCACCAUGAUCGCGUCUUUUACCACCGAUUCGCCUAUACAGCCUAUCGAAACGCAUAUAAUGUUGCAGAUUACGCUAGGCUUCUUUAUCACUACAUUAAGCACCUUUGGCUUCAGGUUGUAUUUUCUCCAGCCGGCUUCUAUCGCCGAGUCAAAAGAGCAAGUGAGAGGGGUGCUAGAAGCGUUGGCGGCAGCGGGACAGAUCAUUCUUACGCCUGGUGGGAUUAUUAGGCUGGUUACGGGAAAACUAACAUUCCCAUUGCAUCUUUUCGCACCGCUUAAGCCAUCCCACUUGUCAUGGUCUGGUGUUUUCUGGCGAACAUUGACUGUCGUUAUGCUCGCAGCCGUCAAUAUCUGGCUCUGGUUCGCCUCGGAGCCAAAUUACCGACUUACCGGUCAGAACUGUGAUCCGCCAUUCAUAUUUCUCUUCUCUAGGCAACAGCUGACCGGUCACGUUGUCGGGUUCUGCAAAGCUGUGUCGAUUCUGAUCGCGGUAGUUGUCGUCCCUCCAUUUUGGAUACUACUUCAAUUAACCAAGCGGUUGAUUUACCAUUCGUUUAUGGCUCUGUACAGAGACCUCCUGUAUAUGGUAGCCCCUGAAGCACCGGAGCGACUGAGAACAUCAAUGGAGCGUAUCAAUUCAUUCCUGGAUAGGAAUACGAUACCUCUUGCUAGGGUACCUCGGCGUAUUUUUGUGGCCGGUACUGCUUUGAAUACUCCUGCCCUUCAGUUCAGAGGAGCUCUCGAUCUGAUCGAGUUCAUGUCUAAGCCGAAAGAAGAAACCAUCAGAUUUUCCGAUAUUCUCAAAAUAAUGGUGUAUCUGGGGAGAGGAAGGGUUGAAGAACACCGUAUUACUAGUACGGAGACGGAAAGCAAGGAAUUACCAUCUAAGAAAAAAGUACCUGAUUACGAAGAUUACUGGUUCUGCUUCCUUUGGAAUGUUGUCGUUGUUUUUGCCAUCGUCUGGUUUAUUCUCAGCAUAGAAUUUACUUUGUUGUGGAACAAUGUUGAGGGUAUCAAUUCCAUCGCAAGUACGGGGCAACUCAUUCCCCUUGUGAUCGGCUGCGUCAGUACGGGACAAGUCAUAAAAAAGGUCAUCCUACUAGGUCUCGCAAAGAAAUACGACGACUGGGCGGACAUGACAGUGGAUGUGACCACAGAUUUCGUAGGAAAACAAGAAACCCUCAAGAUCCGCAAUACCAAGACAACACUCGGGGACGAAGCUCGGUGAACACAGAAACUCGAACACGGGAACACCAACAUUAAAAAAACCGGUGAAUAAGGCUCGGUCUUUCUCAUGGCCGAAUAGGAGGGCGCGCAUCACCGAGUUGGGCUAUCCACACGAAACCCAUCCAAUCAAGGCGAGGGAGUGACAGGUCAUGAUCCCGCGAUGAGUCAGCACUCGAUGCGACCACCAUUAUUUAGCGAAAUCCGCUGCCGCCCUAAGGCGCGCCCUCCUACGGAAUUACUUGCACUUU